UGCUCUUCGGAUCUUGAAUCCUACUUCCUCUGGCAGUUUCUCCCAUCGCCAUGUCGGAAACCGCUCCUGCUGAGACGGCUGCCCCGGCGCCGGUGGAGAAAUCCCCUGCUAAGAAGAAGGCAACAAAGAAGCCUGCGAGCGGAGGGGCGGCCAAGCGGAAGGCAACUGGCCCCCCAGUUUCUGAGCUGAUCACUAAGGCCGUGGCCGCCUCCAAAGAGCGCAAUGGCCUCUCUUUGGCUGCGCUCAAGAAGGCGCUGGCAGCGGGAGGCUACGAUGUGGAGAAGAACAACAGCCGCAUCAAGCUGGGUCUCAAGAGCCUGGUGAGCAAGGGCACCCUGGUGCAGACCAAGGGCACCGGUGCUUCUGGCUCCUUUAAGCUCAAUAAGAAGGCAGCCACUGGGGAAGCCAAGCCCAAAACGAAGAAGGCUGGGGCCGCUAAGGCAAAGAAGCCUGCCGGGUCCACCCCUAAGAAGCCAAAGAAGGCUGCGGGGGCCAAGAAAGCUGUGAAGAAGACGCCCAAGAAGGCCAAGAAACCCGCGGCUGCUGGCGUCAAAAAGGUGGCCAAGAGCCCUAAGAAGGCGAAGGCCGCCGCCAAGCCGAAAAAGGCUGCCAAGAGCCCCGCUAAGCCCAAGGCUGUGAAGCCUAAGGCCGCCAAGCCCAAAGCCGCAAAGCCUAAGGCAGCAAAACCCAAAGCUGCAAAGGCCAAGAAGGCGGCUCCCAAGAAGAAGUAGGAAGUUGGCGCUCGAGGUAGCAAACCCCCAAAGGCUCUUUUCAGAGCCACCCA